GGAACUACAGCGUCAGAGCAGCUUUUCCUAACCAGACUAAACUAUGUGUGAAGUUUGGGAAAUCUUAAAUACAUGAGACCUAUCAAAUGAAUGCUUGGUUAUCAAUUACAACCCGAUUUUCUACAUAUUUCCAAAACUGAAGGAAAUGCUAUUAAUUCAUUUGGUGUAACAUUACAGGUGGUUACCAGGUGUACACAACACUCGUUCAACAACACUCAACUUGUUUUGCAGAAACAUUGAAACUUCUUUUAAUGUAGGGAUGUUUUUUUCCAGUUUAAAGCAGUUUGUUGUGUGUUUUUUGAGUAAUCUCUCUGUAAUAUAUACAUUUCUGUAUUGGCCAACACAAUGCUUUUAUAUUUUCUGAAAUUGUAUUUCAUACUAUUUAUAAAUUUAUGUUAGAUUAUAUUUUAUAUUUGUUUAUCAUAUGUUUGUAGUUUUGAUGGCAACUUUUUCUUUUCACUUAAAUCAGUGGAAAUGAUUUUCCAAAUGAAUCCUCCGACCAGCAUUCACGGUGUGACAACUUGCCCCGUGAAGCGCAGAUAUAACCUGCGUGUAAAAUGCCUCGAUCUUCCGGUGCUCUGUGUCUAUAUUUAUCGGACUCUCUCGCCAUAAAAGGUCGUGAGAGCAGCUCGGACAUUCCUGCCAGCGCCAACAUUAUUUUUGUUGUGCGGCCCGCAGCUCCCGCUGAGUGCGCGCUGCGCGUUCGCGUCCGCGUCGCCGAUUGGGUUCGAGUUCCUGAAGCGCGCACAUUUGCGCACCGGCUCACUGCGGACUGCGGGCGUUUGGCAAGCAAGUUUAGAAACUGACUAAAAGAGCUUGAGAACAGAGGACAGUGUUCAAGCUAAAGCGGACACAAUGUCGGGAUCAAUACCGUUUUACCAGAAACAUCAUCGCCACUAUGAUCGUGGCUACCGUAGACGGGAGACUGAGUCUGCUAUUAGCCAAUACCAGCAGAGCUCCAGCAGUUAUUCCUCACGUAGCAGCAAAAGCACACAGGGCAUUAGAGCUGCCACAUAUACGGCACUAGAUGAGGGGGGCAUCAGACCCCUGCCCACGAGAGCCAAGCCCACCUAUCUGGCCAUGGACAAGGAGAACCAGAUCAUCGGUUAUGUGGUGCCCAUCUUCAGGGGCAGUCGUGAGUUUGAAAGUGGUCUGUCAGACACAGAGGAAGCACGCGCUAAAGAGAGCGCCGGAUAUCUGGCACGCCGUGACCUCUUCACUAGCGGCGUGGAGUUGGAGCGCACAGAACACAAGUCCCGCCGAACCGUCAUGAGAGAGUCCGCUGAGCGCAUCUCGCUUAGCAAAAGGAUUCAUGAGAACGAAGAGUAUCACAAGCGUCUGAACGAGGACAGCCUGAUGCACACACCAGAGUUUGUGAUCAAGCCCCGUUCACACACUGUGUGGGAGAAACAGUGUGUGCGGCUGCACUGCACCAUCACGGGAUGGCCUGAACCACGCGUGGUGUGGUACAAGAACAAUGUCUCCAUUGACCCCAUGGCCCACCCAGGGAAGUACAAACUGGAGAGCAGCUAUAAUGUUCACUCCCUGGAGAUUAACAGGUGUGAUUUUGAUGACACUGCACAGUACCGCGUGUCCGCAAUGAACAGCAAGGGCGAGAACGCCGCGUACGCUUCUGUCGUCGUCAAAAGAUUCAAAGGAGAGAUGGAUGAGUAUCUGCCUACUCCAAAACAGCUGCCCUGUCUGGAGUACGGUGUGACUUUUGAAACGCACAUCGUGGAGAAGUUUGGAGUGGCGUUCGGCCGUGAAGGAGAGACUCUGAGUUUCGGCUGCAACGUCAUCAUCUAUCCAUCACUGCAGCGCUUUCAGCCGGAGAUCGAGUGGUACAGAGAUGAUAAACUGCUGGUGCCGUCUAAAUGGAUGCAGAUGCACUGGAGCGGAGACAGAGCUACACUCACGCUCACACACCUCAACAAAGAGGACGAGGGGCUGUACACACUCCGCGUCAUCACCAAAUCUGGAUUUGAGACUCACUCCGCCUAUGUGUUUGUUAGAGAUUGUGAUGGUGAGGUUGAAGGUGCACCCGGAGCUCCUUUAGAUGUACAGUGUCAGGAGGCCAAUAAGGAUUACAUCAUCGUUACCUGGAAACAGCCAGCGGUGGAUGGCGGGAGUCACAUCUUGGGCUACUUUGUUGACAGAUGUGAGGUUGGCACUACACAUUGGGCUCAAUGUAAUGACACUCCAGUGAAGUUUGCUCGUUUCCCCGUCACCGGUCUGGUGGAGGGACGCAGCUACUCGUUUCGUGUGCGUGCGGUGAAUAAGGCCGGUAUGAGUCACCCGUCCCGUGUGUCUGAACCCGUAGCUGCUAUGGACCCUGCUGAUCGCGCACGAAAAGGUACAUCUGCUCCCUGGACUGGCCAGAUCAUUGUAACUGAAGAAGAACCUGUAGAGGGAGUCGUUCCCGGCCGACCUUGUGACCUCAGUGUCAUUGAAGCCACUAAAAACUAUGUGGUACUGAGCUGGAAGCCCCCAGGUGAGAAGGGUCAUGAAGGGGUCAUGUAUUAUGUUGAAAAGUGCGUUUCUGGCACAGACACCUGGCAGCGAGUAAACACUGAAAUCCCGGUGAAAUCUCCACGCUUCGCUCUCUUCGAUCUGGCGGAGGGCAAAUCGUAUUGCUUCCGUGUUCGCUGCUGUAACUCGGCUGGUGUCGGAGAACCAUCAGAACCGACUGAAGCCACCACGGUUGGCGACAAACUGGAUAUCCCGUCAGCCCCUGGUCGUGUGGUGCCGACCCGCAACACGGACACGUCAGUGGUGGUUUCGUGGGAGGCGUCGCGUGAUGCUAAAGAGCUGGUGGGCUACUACAUCGAGUCAAGCGUCGCUGGGAGCAAUGCCUGGGAACCAUGCAACAACAAACCUGUGAAAUGCACCAGGUUUAUCUGUCAUGGCCUGACCACGGGCGAGACAUACGUCUUCCGUGUGCGAGCGGUGAAUGCUGCAGGAAUCAGUGAUUUCUCACAAGAAUCUGAAUCUAUCGAAGUUAAAGCUGCUAUUGGGGGCGGUAUUCCUCACGCAUCCCCUGCUCCUCCCUAUGGCAUCACUGUGUUGGAAAGUGUGCGGGACUCGAUGGUGUUGGCAUGGAAACAGCCCACUUUCAUUGGUGGCGCUGACAUCACCGGCUACUUCAUUGAUUACCGUGAGGUCAUAGGUGGAGUGCCGGGAAAAUGGCACGAGGCGAACAUCAAGUCCAUCAGCGAGCGAGCAUAUAGAGUGUCGGACCUGAAGGAGAACAUGCUGUACCAGUUCCAGUUACGCGCAGCCAAUAUGGCUGGUGUGGGGAUCCCAUCUCAGCCCAGUGAUGUAUUCAGAUGUGAGGAGUGGACCAUUGCUGUUCCUGGACCUCCCCAUGACCUCCAAAUACAGGAGGUUCGAAAGGACGCUCUGGUGUUGCUAUGGAAACCACCCGUGUACCAGGGCCGUGAUGCUGUAAAUGGAUACUACGUUGAUAUUAAGGAGGCUGAUGCAGACUUUGAGAUGUGGAGGGGUUUUAAUGAGAAAGCCACUGAUAAGAGGCACAUGAAGAUCAAGGAUCUAAAGGAGGGCGAGUCGUAUGUGUUCCGCGUGCGAGCUCAGAACAAGGCUGGUGUAGGAAAAGCCUCAGAAACCACAGAACCGGUCAAGGCCGUGACUAAACCAGGCACUUCGGAGAUCGUGGUGGAAGUUGAUGACGAUGGCGUCAUUUCUCUGAACUUCCAGUGUUCAGAACUCACUCCUGACUCCAAAUUCAUCUGGUCCAAGAAUUAUGAGGAGAUGUCAGAUUCUGACCGCAUGACCAUGGACACCAAGGGCAACAAGUCUAAAGCAACCUUUAAGACGCCUUCAGAAGAGGAUCUUGGGAUUUACUCUUGUGUGGUCACACACACUGAUGGAGUGUCAGCCAGCUACACAAUCACUGAAGAAGGUCUAAAGGAUCUCUUGAAAAUCAGUCACGAGCACAAGUUCCCUAUUAUUCCUCUGAAGAGCGAGCUGGCCGUGGAGUUGCUGGAGAAGGGAAGAGUUCGCUUCUGGCUCCAUGCGGAGAAGAUGUCUGCCAACGGAAAAGUUGAAUACGUGUUCAAUGACAAUAUGAUUUCCCAGGGAGAGAAAUACAAGAUGAACUUUGAUAAAAACACAGGCAUUAUUGAAAUGUUCAUGGAGACUCUGAGCAAAGACGACGAGGGAACGUUCACUUUCCAACUUCAGGACGGCAAAGCCACUAAUCAGUCCAGUCUGGUGUUGAUCGGAGACGUCUUCAAGCAGUUACAGAAGGAAUCAGAGUUCCAGAGGAAGGAAUGGCACAGGAAACAGGGUCCACACUUUGUGGAGUAUCUCAGUUAUGAAGUAACACCUGAAUGCUGUGUUAGACUGAAGUGCAAGGUCGGUAACAUGAAGAAAGACUUGGCUCUCUGGUAUAAAGACGGACGUGAGAUUAAAGUCAGUGAGAAACUGGAUUUCUCUGAAGGAGUGUUGACUCUGGAGAUUGCACAGAUCUCAAAGAAAGAUGCCGGUGUUUAUGAAGUGGUUGUGAAGGACGACAGAGGCAAAGACACAUCAACCCUCAAUCUCACUGACCAUGGAUUUAAAGAUUUGAUGAAUGAGGUCUUCAGUGUUAUUGCCAACUCGUCCACUCCACUGAAGAUUCAGAGCACUGAGGAGGGAAUCAGACUUUACAGCUUUGUCAGCUAUUACAACGAUGAGCUGCACGUCACCUGGCAUCACAAGGACGCAGCGAUCGCAUUCACAGAUCGCAUUAAGAGCGGUGUGGUGGGCGAGCAGCUCUGGCUUCAGAUUUCUGAACCCACUGAGAAAGACAAAGGGAAGUAUGCCAUCGAGUUCUUCGACGGUAAAGGAGGUCUGCGCAGGACCGUGGAACUGGCAGGACAGGCAUUCGAUGAUGCGUUUGCUGAAUUUCAGAGACUCAAGUCUGCAGCCAUCGCAGAGAGAAAUCGCGCUCGCGUGGCUGGUGGACUGCCUGACGUCGUGACUAUCCAGGAAGGAAAGGCUUUGAAUCUGACCUGCAACAUCUCAGGAGAUCCAGUGCCCGAGGUCACCUGGCUGAAGAACGAGCGCGAGAUGGUUUCUGACGAUCAUUACAUCCUCAAAUUCGAGUCUGGCAAGUUUGCCAGUUUCACCAUCACCGGCGUCAACACGUCCGACUCCGGCAAAUACAGCAUCCUGGUGAAGAACAAGUACGGUACCGAGAGCGGCGAUUUUACUUUAAAAGCGACGGAGAACAUGGGAGAUUAUGGGGUCAUUUCAUACCUGGCUGAUGCUGAUGGAAAUGUGACUGUUGGACCUGCAACACCUUUAUCCACCAGUCGUUCAGCGAAACCCCCAUCCAGAUCAACACCUGCCCCAGUUAUACAAGCACCAACAACAUCCGCCCCAGAGACACCUAUUCUACCAACAUCUGCCGCAGUUACCCCAGCAACCCCAACACCAGCUCCUGUUACCCCUGUUACACCAACACCCGCCCUAGCAACGCCAUCACCACCAUCACCCGCUCUAGCGACCCCAUCAACACCCGCCCUAGUGACCCCAUCACCACCAACACCCGCCCUAGCGACACCACCGACAUCUGCCCUAGCAUCCCCAUCACCACCAACACCCGCCUCGGUUACCCCAGCGCCCACACCAUCCACUCCCACACCAGGCGAGGAUCUCAAUAAAAAGGCAGUUACUGAAAACACAUCAUCACUGCGUAAAGACUCGGAAACUGUUGGAGAUCUCGCAGACUCCGUUCCUGCACACGAGGCCUCGUCUGCGGCCGAACCUGAGGAGUCCACAGCCGCUCCUGUACAAUAAACAAUUAUUUGGUGUGAAACAUUUACUUGAGUGCCAGAACUAUACCAUCUAUAUUAUACGAUCUAAAUAAAACGGGUUGUUUUUGCUGUGACUGAUGAGUGUAUCACACAAACAAUAGACCUGCAGCAUUUGACAUGUUUCAGGACUUGGUGUCUACUAGAGAGUAAUUUUGUCAUGGAGUAUAUGGAAAUAAAUAAAUAAUCAGUUGCUCAAUUAAGAAUAAAGAUUCUCUAUUCUGGCCAUCCACCAGUGUUUAGUUAAUGUUGACAUAAACACACCAGCUCAUUCUCUCACUCAGAUAAAACGCACGUUUUAAAUCACUGUUUUUACAAUGUUGGGUAAGUAGCCUCAAAAGUUGGGUUGAUUCGAUCAGUGUUUGGUAACAUAUGUUCGUUCAUGAGCCAGCAGAUUUUUUUUUUCAUAUUAUACCCAACAACGGGUUGAGAUGACACAGCUUUUUGGAAUGCAUCUACAACAUGUAAAUCAUCAGAAACUGUAAUUAAACUCAUUGCAUUAAAAGAAUAACUUGA